UUCGGUCGCGCCUUUUCGGUCGCGCCUUUUCGGGCGUGUCCCGUAUUUUUUCUAUCGUUUUUCAGUUGUUUCUCGAAUUGAUUUUGCAGAAAAAUCUACUAUUAUUAUUUACUGUAUUUACUGCCCGUUUAAAUCACUGUCCAAUUUACCACUGCCGAAAUUACACGGCACCCUCUAAAUUGUCCCAUUUUUGCCCUGCUUUAAAUUGGUGACUAACUUGUCCCCUACACUUUUCUAAUGUUGAAACUUUUUUUUCUGAUGAUGAGUCAUUCUUAAAGUUUAGAUACACAGCAAUUAACUAAAUUAUAAAAUAAAAUGUCCAACCGUCGUGGUGGUUUUGUAGAAGGGAAAGUUUAUGUUGGUGGAUUACCUGAAGAUGCCACCUCCGAAGAGUUGGACGACGCUUUCCAUAAAUUUGGACGAAUUCGCAAAAUUUGGGUUGCCCGUCGUCCUCCAGGUUUUGCUUUUGUAGAAUUUGAUGAUCAUCGAGAUGCGGAGGAUGCUGUACGUUCAAUGGAUGGAACACGCAUCUGUGGAGUUAAAGCAAGAGUUGAACUUUCGGUUAGUGCUUCUGGACGUCCUAGUGGAGGGGGACGAGGAGGCUUCCGUGGUGGCGGUGGUGGAGGAGGAGGGAGAGGAUAUCGUGAUCGAUCUCGCGAUCGUCAUGAUCGCGACCGGGACCGUGACCGUUCAAGGUUUAUACUUUAACUGAAAAUUUUAUCGAAUAUUUCUGUCUGGAUUAGAGUAGGAAUUUUUUUGUUUUUACUAUUAUUGGGAGGGUUGUUUUCGGGUUGGUCUGUGUUCGGGUCAUUCUUUUCGAUUUUUUGAUUGAUCCGGGUCAAUUCGAGUUUUGG